CUUGCGUAACUGCUUCGUGAAUCUGGCCCCCUAGUAGUGUUGGCCAGUAGCGACGCUGAUUGUCCAGGUUGUGAUGUUAUGUGAGUGACAUGAGCGUAUGUGAUGUAUUCUCCACGCUGGGAGAAUACAUCACAUACAUCACCUCGCUGGGUGGUGGUGGAGGUGGCCAAGAUCUCCACCGCCUCACUCCACGUGCAGUUCAGGAUUUACAAUGCGUGUAUAUUUUUCUGUGAAUGAAAGCCACGUGUUCCCUUGUUUGUAAACACUAACCAAGAAAGCCACGUGUUCCCUUGUUUGUAAACACUAACCAAGAAAGCCACGUGUUCCCUUGUUUGUAAACACUAACCAAGAAAGCCACGUGUUCCCUUGUUUGUAAACACUAACCAAGAAAGCCACGUGUUCCCUUGUUUGUAAACACUAACCAAGAAAGCCACGUGUUCCCUUGUUUGUAAACACUAACCAAGAAAGUCACGUGUUCCCUUGUUUGUAAACACUAGCCAAGAAAGCCACGUGUUCCCUUGUUUGUAAACACUAACCAAGAAAGCCACGUGUUCCCUUGUUUGUAAACACUAACCAAGAAAGCCACGUGUUCCCUUGUUUGUAAACACUAACCAAGAAAGCCACGUGUUCCCUUGUUUGUAAACACUAACCAAGAAAGCCACGUGUUCCCUUGUUUGUAAACACUAACCAAGAAAGCCACGUGUUCCCUUGUUUGUAAACACUAACCAAGAAAGCCACGUGUUCCCUUGUUUGUAAACACUAACCAAGAAAGCCACGUGUUCCCUUGUUUGUAAACACUAACCAAGAAAGCCACGUGUUCCCUUGUUUGUAAACACUAACCAAGAAAGCCACGUGUUCCCUUGUUUGUAAACACUAACCAAGAAAGCCACGUGUUCCCUUGUUUGUAAACACUAACCAAGUAUUAUUUUUUGUUCUUCUGACAGACGGAGAUUGCCAAGCGGCUCAACGCAAUCAUUGCUCAGGUCCUUCCCUUCUUGUCUCAGGAGCACCAGCAGCAGGUGGCCACGGCGGUGGAGAGAGCGAAGCAGGUCACCAUGACGGAGCUGAACGCUAUUAUCGGGAUGCACGCUCAGGCGGGCAUACCCCACGGCGCCCAUGCCCCCACGCUGCCCAUGGCGCCCCACCCGUCCCUGGCGGGCAUGCCUCCGUCCUCCGGAGCCCCGCACGGUCUCCUCUCCGCCGUGUCCUCCGCCUCCCUGAUGGGUCUCCCCGCCCACCCGCUCUCCAUGCUCGGCAAGCCCGACCUCGGCCGCGCCGACGACAAGAGAGAGCGCGCCGAAGAGCGCGCCGCGGCGCUACUCGACGAACGCGCGGAAAGCUGGUGGUCUCCUGGAUUCCCAGUCAUAUGGGUAUGAGUUGGCCAUGACAGCCGAUGAGUUAGCGAGAGGCGGGACCAGCAGACCCUCACAGGCCACCAAUUAGGGCCCCUUCUCACCUCCGUAACCCUUGGGGAACCCCAAAUGGCCCAAUGACACCAAGAAUGAGGCGGAGAGAGCGGCCCCGCGCGCGCCAGGCUGGCGGCGGGCGGUUGUGUUCCGCUCCCGUGCCUUCAACGGCUGCUGCUGCUACGUCGACCUCCACCCUCCCACGGAACACUUGAAACGGGUUCCUGCAGCACGGAACAUUUCCUCACGCGGGAGUGUGUGUCAUUUUCCUUUGUUCAUUGUGUACGGAUUGAAGUCUUAAUAUAUUGUACAGGCGGUAAAGGACAGUGUUUAAAGUCUACGCGCCUUAAACCCAGAAUUGAAUGAUUGAUGCCUAACCCACUCUCCAUUUAUUCCCGCCCCCCCCAUUUCCCGCCCCCCCCCAUUUCCC